UUUGCUGGCUCUGCCCCAACCAAACAAAGAGUGCAGGAGCUUUUCAAACAGCAGCCUCCCAAAAAGCUGGCUGCUGCAGAGCUGGGCUGUGCUGGGACCCUGGCUGUCCACGGCCACGGGAGGAUGCAGCAACGGCAGCAAGUUGGUGCCAUCACCUGGGAGGAUCCCGGCACUCAUCUUUAGUCCCUGUACGUGGAUGCUGUACCUGUUUGCUUCUGUGUAUUAAGCUGGUUUGGGUGCUGGGAGCGUGAUGGGAAGGAUGGAGAGAAACUUCUCACAGCGGUAGUUUGACAGGGGUGCGAGCAGCAGGGAGGGGUGGCAUGAGGCCAUUGUCCGUGAGCUCCUGUGGCCCACAGCCAUCCUGUGCUUGGCAGGGCACAGCUCUGGAUGGAGUAAGCCACUGCUGCUCGACAUGCAGACUGGGGACACGCUUGAGCAGGGAUGUGGAGGUCUGGGCCACGCUGAGAUUCAGUGUCAAAGAUGGGAGUGGCGUGCCUUAUCUGAAAUGUUGUCCUCCAGCUCCUUCCUGAACUCAGAAACCUGCCUAGCAGUUUUCCGGCAGAGGUGCAGACCCUCUUUAGAAAUUGCCCAUGUGGCGAUAGACUGCUGGGUGGCGGAUUUAAGGCAGCAGACAAUCACAAAUCUGCUCCAGCCAAGACACCACAGAUGAGCAGGAGAGGAAAGAAUGGAGCUCCAUGAGUGCUGCUUUUGGAUCUUGCCUCUGUUUUUCUGUCCCUUCAUUCCUGCACCUCCAGGCUGUCGACGAGAACAGUGCUAUUUACUGCCAUCUCUGCAGGUGAACUGCUCCACUUGCGGUGGCUGAUGGUGGUUAGGGCUACUUAAUCAGUGUCUCUAAAUGCCACCUGUGGCUGAAAGUGCUUGUCCUGUGUGUUGCACCAUUUUGCAACUGGGUGCUUCAUUUUUUCCUUCCUAUUCAUUGGCUUUGGAGUGUGGAGCUGCAGCAGUGUGGUGGCGUGGCUACAGAGAGCUCUCCUUGAACCCCAGAAGAUCCAGCACUUUAAACAAAGCAUGCCCCAACACUGGAGGAAUAUGCCUGCUCAAUGUUAACCUUCCUCAGAUGUCCUGGUUUCACCCCAAGGAACAAAUACCAUGUUACACUUUGCAGUGAUUUAUUUGUUUCCUCUUCAGGCACAUGAAAGACACUAGAAAUUCAAGGUACAAGGAGUGUACAAAGGACACAGGAGUGUCGUCUCCAGAUCCGAAGGGCAGGCGCUGCAGCACCAACAGUUUCCAUGCAGUAGUUGUCAAUGUGGGUAUCCCCAGUUGUGCUCGCUGUAACCUGCCAGUCCACCAAGGAGACACGAGGCCUUGGUGGGAUCUGCCAGCCUCAUGCAAUGAACUGCUGCUUGCCAGGACUUGCACUGUGCUCCCCAGGAUACUGAGCUGCUGCCUGGGAUCCUGACCACUCCUGAUUCUUCACUGUGCUAUUGGCAGCAAGGAACUGAUGUCCAGUUUGGGACAGUGGGCAGAGCUUGAGCCUGUUACUAUCCUCUGUGCCCUUGGCGGACUGGGAGACAGGUUGGAUUCCCUCCUUUGAGGGGGCUCCACAUGAGUGAGGUUUUGGGCUGACCCUCAUCACUCCGGAGGGAAGAGCCUCCUCCUUCCUCCUCGCUGGCUGGGAAUCAUGUCACUGCUAGAAGCUGGGGAUGGUGUCGUGUAGACCCAUGGCUGGGACUGGCAGCCUGGUGGCAGAGCACUAGCAGAACCUGAGCACCAUCACAGGGCUUAGUGCUGCCUGGGGGACUGCCGGCAUCCCCACAGUGGCUGCACAUCAGGAAUGUAGGUGCUGGGAACAGGAGGGGUGCUGGGAGCAAUGGGCCGGCUGGACGACCAUGCUAAGAGGAGGAUCGUGGAGCUACGCAGGGCUGGGCUGAGCUUCCGCAAGAUCAAGAAGGUGCUGGAGCUGGACGACAUUCGGGUGACACCACAGGCCGUGUACCUCUUCCUGAAGCGGAAAAGCGUGGAGCCUGGAUUGGCGUCAGCUGGCUGGGAUGGGGACCAGCCCUGGCCCCCACUGCAGGGGCAUGAGACUGAGCCACCCGAGUCAAUGUGUGCCCAGACCCCCACAGCGUCCCGUGGGGGCCCUGCUGGUGGCCAAGACACCAAGGAGGGCAUCCAGAUUGUUAGCACGGCCUCUCUCUGCAAGGAUGGUGGGCAGCUUGGGGAGGCUCUGCCCAUGGGACUGCCCCCCAGGAAUGGCGAUGAUAGCUCCACAGGCACCCCCUCAACUCUGGAGAGCUGCUCCACUCUGGGGGUCCCAGCCAUUCCCCCACAGCUCCUGCCCAGCCGAGGGCGGCUGGUCACACCCCCCACCAGGAACCCAGCCCUGAUGGUGAAGAAGAUGAUCGUGGACAGGGCUAUCCUCCUGCAGAAAAAGGUCAAAGAUGCCAGCACUCAGACUGCCCUGCUGAGCCCCACAAGUCCUGAAAAUCAAAACCUUGCUUGGGGUGGACCAGUGCUUCCCCCUGCUCCCAGCUCCCAUGCCAUUGCUGAAAAGCUGGAUGCUGUACAGAUGGAGAUCCAGAAGCUGAGCCAGGCCCUGCACAUGGUGCUGGAGAGACAAUGCCAACUGGACCGCCAGCAGGAGCACCAGCAGCGGCUGCAGCAUGAGGUGCUGAUGACGCUGCAGCAGCUCAGUUCCACUGUGAGCCAUGGCACCGUGCCAGUGAACCAGCCCUGCAUCCCCUUCAGUGGUAUGGCUGAGCCCUCACCCACUGUGCCAAAUUUCAGCCAGUUCAAGAUGGAGCUCAUCUGACCUGAUGCGAUGCCAGCAUGCUCUAGCAGUGCUGCACUGAUGGCAGGGUGGAGAAGAAGCACCUCUCAGAGGCUGUGGCAGCUGCCUAAGGAUUAUGCGGGUCACCUGUCAGAGAGGGUCACUGAUGCCUUGUGUUUUCAGCCCUGGUGACAGAAAGAGGCUGCCUGGCACAAGAGACAGGGCAAUGGAAAGCUGAGGCCUUGCUUCUCCCAUGUUGCCCAUCCCAGCUGGCGCUGGAGCUUGCUGGUGGCCCAUGGACUUCAGCAGCACAGGCGGGCUGCCUGCAAGUAGAAGAUGCAACUGAGAGACACAGCAGGGAGGUGGGUCUCAAAGAAAAUGCAAGACUUCCUCUCACAGGGGUCAGUGCCAUGACAACCAAUCUCAGAAAUGCUUUGUGCCUCCCCUCCUCUGCAGAGCCUUGUUCAGUAAAAAUCUAUAUACACCAUGGUUCAGAAA